AUGCCGGCGAACAACACCACAGUCUCGGCCAAUACGCGGGCCACCCGAUCGCGUUUUUCGAGUCCGCAGACAGCAGCAAACGGAGCGACGACCGAUUCCUCCUCGAGGCUUCAGGGCGCAAGUGGCGGCAACAGUACGGGCAACAGCAGCACAACGAACGGGGCCGAAGGGUCGAAGACAUUGCUGCAGCGCUGGCUCGAGCCUCCGGUGCAAGUAAAAGCCAGUUACCAGGACGCCGGACUCGUGCGCCAGGGCGUAUUCGAGAAUAUGGCACCACUUGGGACGCUACCAAAGGUUGGCCUUUUUCGGAAGACAGCGCCACCUCCUCCGGCGGCGACUGCCCCUGCACCUGCACCUGCGCAGCGUGCACCAGUCCGCAUCGUCAUUAAGCAGAGGAAACCUGCCCUGCCUUCCACGCCGGCCCCCGCACCACCUCCCGCGCCCGAAGAAGACGAAACGGAGGCGGAUGAGACGGUAGACGAGGAUGACGGCAAGACAGAGGAUCAAGACGAGGAACGGCUCUUUCCUGCCGAUAAGGAGCACCACAAGGCUCGCACAACAGCUGCAUCGCAACGCUCGCGUCGGUCGGUCACCUCGUUGGAGACGGAUUACCAGGGGUGGACGCCGAGCACAUCGGCCCAAAAUGGCAGAUCGCGACGGAGCAUAUCACGGGCGAGCAGUGGACCGCUGCAGCAACUGCCAACGGGCACGAAUGAUGGCUUGCGGCCGUUUGUCCAGAGGGAGUCUAUCGGAAAAGUUGUGGAGGCUGCUAUUGAGGACGCGCUCACUCAUUUUCGGUACCCCACUGCUUGGGCCCUGCGCACGCUCUACAAGGAAAAAUCAUCCGAGCAAGAAUUUCUCACCAUGAUUGAGAAGGUGGCUCGCCAGACAGCCAACGCCGACGAACUGGAACAAUUCGCCCGAUGCAUCCUGGCCAAGAAGAAGGAAGGCAAGAAAGACAACCAAGCCUUCUUCAACUUCGAGCCAUCGACUACCGGCGGCGCUGCCUCUUCCGCGCCACAGAAGCCGCAGAAGCCCAAGAAGGCUCCCUACGGCAACCUCGUCAAAUUUGGUAUUUCUAGCCUGCGCCUGGAUCAGGACGGCAGCGAACCUCGAAAGAGGAGGGAGCGAACGGUGGACACGGCUCUAGAUUCCGAAUCCGUACCCGCACCCGCACCCGAGCCCGAGCGGGCGGCCAAACCUCAGGAGUCUGAGCCUGAGCUGGAACCUGAAAUUGAACCAGAGCCAGAGCCAGAGCCAGAGCCAGAGCUAAAACCAGAGCCUGAGCCCGAACCCGAGUUCCAGCUCCCCCCGCGCAAAAAGCGCAAAUCCGGCAGGCAGCAGUCGGAGGCGACAGCGUCGUCGUCAUCGAAGAUGGCAUCCAACGGCACAAACGUCAAGAGGAACCCGGAGACGCCCCCUCGGAGGCGGACCCGGGCUCGCUCAGAGUCGAGUCUCUCCUCACUUUCCAGCGUCCGAUCCUUGACGCCGCCGGUGGAUGAAACCCGAGAAGACGGUGAGGAGGACCAAGGGUUUGAUGAGGCACCCCCCUCGCGGACCAGCCCUGCGCCGGCUGUCCAGCCAAUCACAGCCAACAAGCGCCGUCGGUCCAACGCACCGCGAAAGAGCCGGAACGUGUCACCCUCCCGACCCUCGCCCGUCGCGUCCAACUCCACUGCGCCGCAGCGACCGGCCGCCGCUGUUCUUCCAUCGCAGCCCCCGCAGCCGACCCAACGGCAAUCUCCCGCUGCUGAGCAGCCCGCUGUUCACGACGAGCAGCAACCUUAUGAGAUGCCUGCCGUCGUCGACUCGCCGCUCUUCCCGAACUUCAAUUCGAAGAAGGGUGGCAAGUCCGGCACACCGUCGCUCGUCCUGGCCACCAAGCUGGGCAAGAUUGACCCAGAGGACCCCAACCUGCGCCAUCGCCAGGAGGCACGCAGGGUGACCAACACUGCAUUCCCCGUCAGUGACGUCAGGGGAGGCUCUCCGCAGGCUGCAUCCAAGCAGGCGAACCUCGAGGAGCAAACCAGAACGGCGACGCCAGCCACGCCGGCGACGGUGCCUGCAUCGCGACCGCGGGCUACUCUCCCAUCCGCCCGCGCGACGCCUGCUCCGAGGGAAGGACGAAGCACGCGCUCGUCGCUCAAGCGGACGCACGAUGAUCUGGAGGACCAGCCAUCGCCGACGGCCACCAACUUCCCAGGAUCCGAAGCAGCGUCCGCCGCGGCCGACUCACGUGCCGGGACACCAGCUCUGCGGGCGGUCAAGAAGCCCAGGGCCGGGCUUAGGGUUAAAAACUCGCCUAUGAAGAAGAAGCAUGCUCCGUCGGCCGGCAUUCCUCGUUUGAGCGGAGAGCGCAGCAGUCCCGUAGGCAAUGCCCCGAGAGAGGACGAUAACGACGACUACUGCACGUCUUGCGGCGGCAAUGGUCAGCUCAUCUGCUGCGACGGAUGCACACGGUCCUUCCACUUCAUCUGCGUGGAUCCGGUGCUGAGUAAUGAGGCCAUGACCGUCGAGUUCUUCUGCAACGUGUGUCGCGUCAGCCGAGACCCUGCACGCCUGCCUACCCAUGGCGGAAUAUUUGCCGUGAUGCUGGAGAAGCUCGACGCGAGUAACUCGAGCGCCUUCCGCCUGCCGGCCCCCAUCCGCGAUCUCUUCGAAGGCGUGCGCACCGGUCCCGACGGCGAAUACGAGGAGAUAGUGAACGUGGUGAAACCUCCCGCUCGUAAAAAGAAGAGCGAGGAAGACCAGCUCCCCGACUUGCACCGCUUGCGCGACGCAAAAGGGAAUGUCAUCAUCUGCCAAAACUGCCGGAAGAGCGCCGGCCCGGACCGCGCCCUCAUCCCCUGCAGCGCCUGUGGCCUCUUUUGGCACAUGGACUGCCUGGAAGUUCCGCUGGCUUCUCCGCCUUCCUUGCGCACCUGGAAAUGUCCGCUGCACACCGACAGCCUUCUUGGGGCGCUGCCCGUUCAUCACCCGGGCCAUAAGUACCGCAAACUGAAAAACGCGCCCGUCAUCACGCCCACCUUCACCAGGGGCUACGUCAACAAUGGCUUUAUCGAAGUCGACCUAGACGACAGCGAUGAUGAGAGCGGGUGGAGGGACGUCGAGACUUUCGGCCGGACUGUGCGCCUCUCGGAAAGGGGCAUCAAACUUGAUUUUAUCUCUCGAAGACAGCCACUCGGCCGGCAUCGCCGGAACCACCGGCACCCCCCGGUACCACGUCCGAUGGAGCAAAGAUCAGUCGAAGAGCUGCAGGCUGCUCUCAACCUAGCCCAACUGAGUGUCGCACGCGACGAUAACGUCGCCACUCUCAUCAAUGCCAUGAUCUCCCAAGCCGACCCGUUAACCAUCGACGUAAUGGCUCGGGCCAACGCUACCCAGUUAGAGAGCACCCAACUGGAUCAUAUGGACCAGCAGAGCCUGCGCGCCAUGCUCGCCAACGCAGAGUCGAUGGCCAACCAUAUCCGCCGGCUCCUGGCAUCGUCCACCAGCGAACAACCCGCUCCACGAGCCAUGGGUGCAAAGGCCGAUGCCGAGCAAACCUCUACCAUGACGCCCAGCCUCGCCAAUUCGCAAUCCCCCGAUCCCGAUUCCGACAACUCGGCCAAUCUGACCACUGGCCCUAGCGCUAUGGAGAUAGACGCGGCUAAAAGCCCUCCUUCACCGGCCACCACCGAUGACGUCCCUGCCAUGACGCAGGGCGAGAAAACGCCCAUCCAGGGUGACCAGUCACCUGCUGCUCCCCUGCCUCUGGAGCAAACUGCCCCGAUUGAGAGCGGCGGCGUCCCUGCGACUCCGACCAAGGUGGCCGCUCUUCCUGGUGACGAGCCGCUCGUUCUUGAGGCUGGUGGCGAUGCAGAGAAGACGCUGGGCGAAGCUUGCGAAGGCGGCUCCAUGGAGAUGGAGUGA